AUGGGGGCAAAUUUGGUGGCGUCUAAUCUUUUGCGCCCGGUAGUUGAACCCAAGGAAGGACCCGUGAUGGUUGACCGGGUAUAUCCAGUCAUAAUGCUGCACUCACCGGCUGCAGCCCAUUUUAUUUUAAGAGCUUUGUUCUUCUCUCCACCUCCUUUCCAUAUUUACUCCUCAAAAUUUCCUGCAGAUUCUAAAUCCUCCUCCAUUCUGUUUCUGGGAUACAGAGAGAUAGAGAAGGGGGGAGGGUUGAUGGUGAAUGGUGAAGUCCCUUACAAGAUAUUAACAAGAGGAACAAGAAGAAGAAUGACUGCUAUUUCUCCUUGUCUGUCUUCCAAUGAGAAGAAGCACUGGUGGCUUAGCAGUAGAAAGAUUGUGGAAAAGUAUAUGAGAGAUGCCAGAAGCCUGAUUGCGACUCAUGAACAGAGCGAGAUCGCUUCGGCUGUGGGGCUCCUGGACGCGGCUCUGGCCAUCUCGCCUCGCCUGGAACAAGCCCUUGAACUCAAAGCCAGGUCUCUGCUCUAUCUCAGGCGCUUCAAGGACGUGGCUGAUAUGCUUCAGGACUACAUUCCCAGCCUCAAAAUGGCAUCCGAUGACUCGGCCUCCGACUCUUCCUCUCAGCCGCUUUCCAGGGAGCGAGUCAAGCUUCUCUCAUCUAACACCAACUCCUCCUCUGCCUCGCCGGAUCGGGAACCUUCCUUCAAGUGUUUCUCUGUCUCCGACUUGAAAAAGAAGGUCAUGGCAGGCCUCUGUAAAAAUUGCGAAAAGGAAGGGCAAUGGAGGUACUUGGUUCUCGGCCAGGCGUGUUGCCACCUGGGCCUAAUGGAGGAUGCCAUGGCUCUCCUCCAGACCGGAAAACGACUUGCCACCGCCGCAUUCCGCCGCGAAAGCAUAUGCUGGUCCGACGACAGCUUCUCCCUGUCCAAUUUCCAUCUCUCAGACGACAUCAUCUCGUCCGCCAACGCGCCCGCCACUCCGCCUCGGAUCCUAACCGAGUCGGAAACCGUGACCCACCUCCUCAGCCACAUAAAGCUCCUCCUUCGCCGCCGUACCGCUGCAAUUGCUGCCUUAGACGCCGGCCUUUACUCCGAGGCCAUCCGCCACUUCACUAAAAUCGUCGACGGCCGCCGUGGGGCCCCACAGGGAUUCCUGGCGGAGUGCUACAUGCAGCGCGCCUCGGCUUACCGGUCGGCGGGUCGGAUCGCGGAGGCCAUCGCGGACUGUAAUCGGACUUUGGCUCUUGAGCCGAGUUGCAUACAAGCGCUGGACACGAGAGCGUCACUUCUUGAGACGAUCAGGUGUUUGCCUGAUUGCUUACAUGACCUGGAGCACUUGAAGCUUUUGUACAAUGCCAUCUUGAGGGAUCGGAAGCUUGCGGGACCGGCCUGGAAGAGACACAACGUGAGGUACAGGGAGAUUCCCGGGAAGCUGUGUGUGCUGACGACGAAGAUACAGCAACUGAAACAGAGGGUGGCUUCUGGGGAAACAGGGAAUGUGGAUUACUAUGCUUUGAUUGGCCUGCGGCGUGGCUGUUCGAGGUCCGAGUUAGAGAGGGCGCAUUUGCUGCUGUGUUUAAGGCACAAGCCCGAUAAGGCCACCAUUUUCAUUGACCGUUGUGAGCUGGCGGAUGAUCGGGAUGUUGAUUCAAUUAGAGAUAAAGCGAAGAUGUCAGCUCUGUUGCUUUACAGAUUGAUGCAGAAGGGUUAUUCGAGCGUGAUGACAACCAUCAUGGAAGAGGAAGCUGCUGAGAAACAGAGAAAGAAGGCUGCUGCUGCACUUGGAGCAGCUCAGGCAGCAGCGGCAAUGCAACUGCAAGUAACUCAAACCCAAGAGUCUUUUAUUGAAUCCUCCUCCUCUUCCUCCUCUAGUUGUUCCAAUUCUAGUAAUAGGAAUAAUAAUCAUAGUAUCAACAAUAAUAUCAUCAAUAAUCAUAGUAUGCAUUCGUCAUCAUCGGAAGCUAAAGCAGCAGCGGCGUCGUUCCAAGGGGUGUUUUGCCGAGACAUUGCGGUGGUUGGGAAUUUGCUGUCGCAGGUUGGGUUUAACCGCCCAAUUACAGUCAAGUAUGAGGCAUUGAGCUGCUGA